CCAAAUAAAAUUUACAUCCCAAAGAAAGAUUGUAUAAGCAACUGUUAGUUCGGAAAGCUCCUGGGACUUUUCAGCUUUCUCCCUCUUUUCUCGCUCUUCUUUUUCUUCUUCGUCGCGUCCUACAGAGAAUCAGCUGCAGCAAUGUCAGCUCUCGUCGGUCCCAUCUAAUUGGGCCGACUGGAGGAGGGCUCGGAGGUUCCGCUGCUUUCCUCUUGCUUUCGGUGCUUCCCGAUUGACUCUGUGAACUGGAUAUUCCUCUGAGAGCCAGCAUCUGAUUUUGAAACACAAAGAGGCUUAGCUACCAUUUUUCUGGCACUUAAACGUGGACAACCUUGUGAUAGGAUACAUCUUUUUUGGAAUUUCAGGGUGAUUGCAAAAUGCUGAGAUUAAAAUAAGGUUGGCUAAGCAGUUAUAGAAUUCUGCAUAGCAUUUCAUUUUUAGAAUGGAUUCUAGAAAUGAAGGACUUGGCCCAUCGGGUCAAAGGUUUGUACAGGGCCCAUCAACUUCUUCCAACUCCAACAGUGGCCUUCCAGAGAUUGCUGGAUUGAGUGCUCUAAGCCCUGUGUUAAAUUUCUCAAUUCAAACAGGUGAGGAAUUUGCACUUGAAUUUAUGAGAGAACGAUUUACUUCAAAGAAACCUUCUGGGUCAAAUACAUCAGCAGAUCAAGGCUACAACACCAAUUACAUGGACCUUAGAGGUGUUCUUGGAAUUUCCCAUACAGGAUCCGAAAGUGGGUCGGAGAUGUCGAUGCCUGCUGCCGGUGAUAAAUCACAUUACAAAGAGAUAGAGAAGAGAGGAUUAAAUGAAAGCGAUAGUAGAAAUCAGCAUUAUGCAUCUUCUAGGUCAAUUCCACGGGUCCCCUCUGGUGACGGCAGUAGUCGUGGGGGAGUUUCUCGUUGUUAUUCUUCGGGGACAUCUGAUACCACAUCAAAGAAGAUGAAAAUACUUUGCAGUUAUGGUGGUAAGAUUCUACCCAGACCCAGUGAUGGUAAACUUAGGUAUGUAGGUGGUGACACACGUAUUAUCCGAAUCAGUAAAGAUAUAUCCUGGCAAGAGCUCCUUCAAAAGACAACAUCUAUAUACAAUCAGGCUCACACUGUAAAAUAUCAGCUGCCUGGGGAGGAUCUUGAUGCAUUGGUAUCCGUUUCUUGUGAUGAAGAUUUACAAAAUAUGAUGGAGGAAUGUAGUGUUCUAGAUGUUGGUGAAGCGUCACAGAAGCUGAGGAUGUUCCUAUUUCUGAGUGAUUAUGAAGAUCUUCAUUUCAGCCUUGGCAGCAUUGAAGGGGACUCUGAAAUUCAGUAUGUGGUUGCUGUAAAUGGCAUGGACGUUGGUGUUGGCAAAACAUCCAGUGAUCAUGGGAUGGCAAGCACGUCAGCAAGUGACUUGGAUCAAUUAAUGAAUCUCAAUAUUGAAGCUGAUAGAGCCAAAACAAGCAGAGUUCCAUCGGAGACGGUUGGUAUCCCUAGUGGACACUUAGCUAGCAACUUGGUAACUCCUACAUCCUCAGCAUUCCCAGAAAGUUUGUCCAGUGACUAUGGAACCCAUGUACACUCUUAUGACAACAGCAGAAUGCAAUAUGUGGAAGGCGAGCAUUAUCUCUACACUGCUUCCCAAGCUUCUGACAGCUUUCACAACAUGAAUAGCAGAAUCUCUGUGCCUGCAGCAAUUCCAUCAGAUUACAACUAUAAUUCUCUGUAUUCACCAGUCGUUGAAACUUCUACAUCAACAACGCCACAUUACCUAUCAACUCACAUCCAGUUAGGUUCUGAAGGACAGAAUAAUGUUCCCAGAACUGCUGCUCCAAAUGUACCAGCGACUGAUAAAAAAUUACCAGUUGAUGUGUUAGCCAAAGAAAAAAAUGAAAACGAUCAUUUUCUAUCUCUUGAAAAUGAAAAUGCUGCACCCAUAAAGCAGGAAGCUUCUCUUGUUCCUCCCAUACCUGAGCAUGUCUCAUCUCUCUUUUCUCUUAAACAUAAUGGGAAUAUGCCAGAAGCUGCAGUGGUUUUAUCAACAGCUGAUGCUACUGUAAGUUCUGGUUUGGCUUCUCACUUAAAUGAAGAUGAUCGCUAUGCAUCAGGUGGAGCUGUUGCUUCAGAAUGCUCUGAUUAUGAUACUGACAUUGCUGAUCUCAGCUAUAAUGAUCCCCCUCGCCCUCCACGAUUCUUUCACUCUGAGAGGAUUCCUAGGGAGCAGGCUGAAUUCCUGAAUAGAUUGUCCAAAUCUGAUGAUUCAAUUGGAGCUCAAUUUCUAAAUCUGCAACCACGUUCUGGUGUGUUUGAAGAGUCUAUUGCUGAAGCUGCUGAUUCAUCACUUGAAGGAAACACAAUUUCUCAAAUGGAAAGAUUAUCUGCAGCAAAACCUCCAAAACCUAAUACUACCACUUUGGAGGAUGGUUUAGUGCAGUUUGAAAAAUAUAAAGAACUUGCUGAUGCAAUCAAGAAAACAAACAAAGAUGGUGUAGAGGAAGCUUCAGAUAAUUCAGUGGCUUAUGCUCAAUAUGAGCAGAAGAGUGAGUUGAACUGCAAUGAUAAUAAAGAAAGGAGCGAGCCUGUUGCAGGAGGAAAUUUGGAGAAGCACAAUGAUAUUGGUGAAACAGGUCCCAAAAAAGGUGGUUACAAAGAAAUGCCCAUUGAUGGAGUAAAGGUGGUUGCUUCUUCGGCAACACUGAUGAACAAUCCUACCGCAAUUCUACCAGAAUUUCCUUGGGAAGGGACGCCCAUGAGUGCAGCCUUCUCAACCAAUGUUAGUGAGCAUAUGGGAGCAUUUCGAUGGGCAGAAGCCUCUUCUGUUGGAGCUGUUUUACAGGGGGCAGAACAGAGGGAUAUUGCCAUUGAUAUCAAUGAUCAUUUUCCUAGUAACCUACUUGCAGAUAUCUUUUCGAAUGCUGGAAUUAGUGACGACUCAGCUGUUAUACGACCAUUGCGCAAGGAUGACGCUGGCAUAAGUUUGAACAUGCCUAAACAUGAACCCCAGCGGUGGUCUUUCUUCAGGAAUUUGGCUCAAGGUGAGUUUGCAAGAAAAGAUGUUUCUCUUAUGGAUCAAGACCACAUAGGGUACUCUCCUCCGCUAGUAAAGGUCGAUAACAGGGAUCAAAGGGCUUAUAUUUCACCAUUGGACGGUGUGGCAGUUGGUUUGAGCCAUAUGGAUUCACAAGUAGAAUUUGAUGAAGAAAUGCAGCAGGAAUCAUCCAGCAACAUCGAAGAUGAUGCUAGUGCUAUGCACCAAGAUUAUAUAUCAUCGCAGGUCAGUCAACCUCACUUAAUGGAUAAGGUUGGAGAGAGCUUUCAGGUUGAAAACCCAUUUGUGAAGGUUGGAGAGAACCUAACAACUACUACGACAGAGAAUGAGGAAUUGAAGUUUUCGAUUGCAGAAACUUGUGGGCAAGCUUUUGAUACAGAUAUUGAUUUCAAUAACCUGCAGAUUAUAAAGAACGAGGACCUUGAAGAGCUGCGAGAACUGGGUUCUGGGACAUUUGGAACUGUGUACCAUGGAAAGUGGAGGGGAACUGAUGUUGCUAUUAAGCGGAUAAAGAAGAGCUGCUUCACUGGGCGCUCAUCUGAGCAAGAGAGACUGACACAAGAAUUCUGGAGGGAAGCGGAGAUCCUCUCAAAGCUUCACCAUCCAAAUGUGGUGGCUUUUUAUGGGGUUGUGCAAGAUGGUCCAGGAGGUACAUUGGCGACAGUAACAGAGUUCAUGGUUAAUGGAUCUCUUAGACAUGUUUUGCUUCGUAAAGACAGGUAUCUGGACCGCCGGAAGAGGCUUAUAAUUGCAAUGGAUGCUGCUUUUGGAAUGGAAUAUUUACAUUCAAAGAAUAUUGUGCAUUUUGAUUUAAAAUGUGAUAACUUGCUUGUGAACCUGAAAGAUCAAUCACGCCCCAUUUGCAAGGUUGGAGACUUUGGCUUGUCCAAAAUAAAACGGAAUACACUUGUUUCUGGUGGUGUGAGAGGAACAUUGCCAUGGAUGGCUCCAGAACUAUUAAAUGGCAGUAGCAACAAAGUUUCUGAAAAGGUUGAUGUUUUUUCUUUUGGCAUUGUCCUGUGGGAGAUUCUCACUGGUGAUGAGCCUUAUGCUAAUAUGCAUUAUGGUGCCAUUAUAGGAGGUAUUGUGAAUAAUACGCUGAGGCCACUCAUUCCAGUUUCCUGUGAUCCUGAAUGGAGAAGAUUAAUGGAACUAUGUUGGGCUCCAGAUCCACAGCAGCGCCCAUCCUUCACACAAAUUGCUAAUCGUUUGCGCGCCAUGUCUCAAUCCAAACCAGCAAAAUGAUGGUGCCCAUCUAUAGCUUAAUAUUGUUGUUUAUAGAGCUUGUGUGCAGCAUAUGUUAUAUGUAUAUUUGCGAUUGGCAUUCCAGACCUGUAGAUUUUGCGUUAUAUUUUGAAUCUGGGAGGUUAUGUUUUGUGGGUUUUCAAAUAUUUUUUUAUGGAUUGAUUUGUUAUGUAUUUAUAUAAAUUUGGAUGUUUUGCUACCAUAACACAAUGGAUGUGUGUAUAUGUGAAAACAUACAAUGUGAGCAGAGUUUUUUGUUUAUUUUUUUUUUUAUAAAUUUUCUCGACAUUAUAUUUAUUUGAUUUUGUUAAA